AUGUCAAUCUAAACAAAAAAGGAAAUAAUUGAUUAUUUUGUUUAAGACUUAGGAUGGGCAAGAAAUUAAGUUGAAGAUUUAGGAUUCUAGUGUUAAUGGAAUAAAAAUAAAAUGCUAGAAAUAUAUAAAAAUUUUUAUCCAUCUGACCAAAAUUUAGGAGGACUUCCCUCUCAAAACUAAUUUGCAGUAAAUUUAUAUAUUUUAAUAAUUAAUAGUUGAGUGAAUAGGAAGUUAUAAAUCAAUUUGAAAAUGAUGAUUAAGAAUAAUUACAAAAAGCUUUAAUAGCUUCUUAAUGUUUAUAAGAUAAUACACCUAUUAUAGAUAGAAAAAAAUAUGAUGAUUAUCCUGUAGGAAUAUAAAAUUUGGGGAAUACUUGUUAUUUUAAUUGUCUUUUAUAAAUUAUUUUUUACAAUCCUAAUUUAGUUUAAUAGAUUUUGUAAUAUAAAAUAGUAGAGACAAAUCGAACUUAAGAAAAUUUAAAAUAAUUAAGCAAUAAUUUUAUUACUUAAUUUCAAUAUGUAAUUGCAAAGUAAAUGCUAUGGAAUUAGAAAUAUUUGAAACCAUCAGAAUUUUAUGAGGCUACAACAAAAUUUGAGAUGCUAAAACCAAAUUAUAAAGUAGUUUCAAUUUAAGAAUAUAGGGAUUUAAGUGAAUACUUAACUUCUUUUAUGGAAUUGAUUGAUUAAUGUCUAAGUUAGAACUUUAAUAAAUUAAAUGAUUAAAUUAAUAUUUUUUAUAGUGAAGAAUUAGAAAAGUAAUAUAUUAUAAAGCAAGAUAAAUAGCAUUAAUUAUAAUGGCAUGUAGGUAUAUAACAUAAAUAAAUAUAUCAUUUUUUGUAUAAAGAAAUUAUUGAAAAUAAAAAUUACAUAAAAGAAUUACCUCAUAAUCUUAUUUUUGUCAUAAGUAGAACUGAUAAUUUUAAUAAAAAAUUAGAAGAUGAUUUUUAUUUUCCUUAAGAUUUAUAUUUAGAUUUUGUUUUAGGUAAUCAAUAAGCAAUAUAACAUGUUCAAAAAUAUAUUAAUUAAUAACUCAACACUUAAAAUGUAUAUCAAUAAUGUAUAUUAUUCAACUAUUAUUUAUAGUAAAAAAGUAAGCAGAUGCCUUUGAGAGAGUUGUGAAUUAUUAUGAAUCACUUCCUACUUUUGAUACAUUCAUUUUAAAUAGUUUGAAACUUGAACACAAACUCAAAAUUUAAGAAAUGAAACAAUAAUUUCCAUCAAAUUAUCAUCUCUUGAAUGAAGAAUUAUAAUAAGGUUCAAAACAUCUAUAUAAAUUGGCACAAAUAGUUGCUCAUAAAGGUAGCAUUAGUUAAGGUCAUUAUUAUUUGUAUUAAUACAAUUUUCAUCUCAAUAAAUGGUUUAAAUAUAAUGAUUCAACAGUCUUAAUGUAAACAGAAUAAGAAAUAAUAGCUGAUUCUUUAAAACAAGGAAAUAUAUUAAUAUAUAUUAGUUAAGAAUAAAAAAAGAAAGUGGAAUAAUAUUAAAAAUAACUACAUGAAAUUGAUAUCAUUAGAAAAUCAAGAGGUCUAUAAUUGCUUAAUCAUAAUAAUAUUCAAUAUGAUUUUUUGCUAAAGAUUCCAAAUAAAAUAUGUAAGGAAGUAAUUGCAAGUAAUGAGGAAUUUUUAGAUCAAUACAAAGAAGCAAUCAAAAUUAAAUGA